AUGGUUCUUAACUGCAGGAAGUUCCUGGUCGAAGCCAGGAAACCCUCGCUGUCCCUGAUGAGCCUUUCAGCUGUGUCCUCAACUGUUGAUGAGCUACUGAAUUACAUUUGGAAACUUAAAAGGACACCUUUAGGUACACAUGCAUGUUACACAGAUCGAGAAGACCAAUCCAUUCUUUGCACAGGUGAGUCAGGAGCUGGCAAGACAGAAAACACAAAAAAGGUCAUACAGUACCUGGCACAUGUGGCCUCCUCCCACAAAGGAAGAAAAGACCACAACACGCCUCCAGAAUCCCCCAAACCAGUGAAACAACAGGCCCAAAAUGCAGUUAGUGGAUCCCUGUUUUAUGGUGAAUUGGAACGUCAGCUUUUACAAGCCAAUCCCAUCCUUGAAGCUUUUGGGAAUGCUAAAACAGUGAAAAAUGACAACUCGUCACGUUUUGGGAAAUUCAUCCGCAUCAACUUUGAUGUCACGGGAUACAUCGUUGGAGCCAAUAUUGAAACCUACUUACUAGAGAAAUCCAGAGCUAUUCGUCAAGCCAAAGAUGAGCGCACCUUCCACGUUUUCUACCAGCUGCUGGCUGGAGCUGGAGAGCACCUCAAAUCGGACCUGCUUUUGGAAGGAUUCAACAGCUACCGGUUUAUGUCUAACGGAAACGUCACGAUCCCCGGCCAGCAGGACAAAGAUAAUUUCCAGGAGACGAUGGAUGCCAUGAACAUCAUGAGCUUCGGCCAUGAGGAGAUUCUGUCCAUGCUGAAGGUGGUGUCCUCUGUGCUUCAGUUUGGUAACAUUAGCUUUAAGAAGGAGAGGAACUCUGAUCAAGCCUCUAUGCCGGAUAACACUGCUGCCCAGAAGCUCUGUCAUCUGCUGGGUCUGAAUGUCAUGGAGUUCACCAGAGCCAUCCUGUCCCCGAGGAUCAAAGUGGGAAGAGACUACGUCCAGAAAGCGCAGACUAAAGAGCAGGCUGACUUUGCUGUUGAAGCCUUGGGUAAAGCGACAUACGAGCGUCUGUUCCGCUGGCUGGUCCAUCGCAUUAACAAAGCUCUGGACAGAACCAAACGGCAGGGGGCGUCCUUCAUCGGCAUCCUGGACAUUGCUGGUUUUGAGAUUUUUCAGUUGAACUCAUUCGAGCAGAUGUGCAUCAACUACACCAACGAGAAGCUGCAGCAGCUCUUCAACCACACCAUGUUCAUCCUGGAGCAGGAGGAGUACCAGAGGGAGGGCAUCGAGUGGAGCUUCAUCGACUUCGGCCUCGACCUGCAGCCCUGCAUCGACCUCAUCGAGAGGCCGGCGAACCCUCCAGGAGUGUUGGCUCUGCUGGAUGAAGAGUGCUGGUUCCCCAAGGCCACGGACAAGAGCUUUAUCGAUAAGCUGAGCCAGGAGCAGGGCACACACUCCAAGUUCCAGAAACCUCGGCAGCUCAAGGAUAAGGCCGACUUCUGCAUCAUCCACUACGCUGGCAAAGUGGACUACAAGGCCGAUGAGUGGCUGAUGAAGAACAUGGAUCCCCUGAACGACAACGUGGCCUCUCUCCUGCACCAGUCAACUGACAAAUUUGUGGGUGAACUUUGGAAAGAUGUCGACCGCAUCGUGGGCCUGGACCAGGUGGCAGGGAUGAACGAGACAGCCUUUGGCGCCACCUACAAAACCAAAAAGGGCAUGUUCCGCACGGUGGGCCAGCUCUACAAGGAGUCGCUCACCAAGCUCAUGGCCACACUGAGGAACACCAACCCCAACUUUGUCCGCUGCAUCAUCCCCAACCACGAAAAAAGAGCUGGUAAACUGGAGCCUCACCUGGUUCUGGACCAGCUCCGGUGUAAUGGAGUCCUGGAGGGGAUUCGUAUCUGCAGACAGGGCUUCCCCAACCGCAUCGUCUUCCAGGAGUUCAGACAAAGAUAUGAGAUCCUGACACCUAAUGCUAUCCCCAAGGGUUUCAUGGAUGGAAAACAAGCCUGUGAAAGAAUGAUCCACGCCCUGGAGCUGGACCCCAACCUGUUCCGUAUUGGUCAGAGUAAGAUCUUCUUCAGAACCGGAGUCCUGGCUCACCUGGAGGAGGAGAGAGAUCUGAAGAUCACCGACAUCAUCAUCUACUUCCAGUCUGUUUGCCGUGGAUACUUGGCACGCAAGGCCUUUGCUAAGAAGCAGCAGCAGCUGAGUGCCCUGAAGGUCCUCCAGAGGAACUGUGCUGCUUAUUUGAAGCUGCGACACUGGCAGUGGUGGAGGCUCUUCACCAAGGUCAAGCCUCUGCUGCAGGUGACCAGGCAGGAGGAGGAGAUGCAAGCCAAAGAUGAGGAGCUGGUGAAGACGAAGGAGAGGCAGCUCAAGGUGGAGAACGAGCUGGUGGACAUGGAGAGGAAACACCAACAGCUCAUAGAAGAGAAGAACAUCCUAGCAGAACAACUCCACGCAGAGACGGAGCUGUUUGCCGAGGCCGAAGAGAUGAGAGUCCGUCUGCUCUCUAGGAAGCAAGAGUUGGAGGAGAUCCUUCACGACCUGGAGUCCAGGGUGGAGGAGGAGGAGGAGAGGAACCAGAGCAUGCAGAAUGAGAAGAAGAAGAUGCAGUCACACAUCCAGGACCUGGAGGAGCAGCUUGAUGAAGAGGAAGCUGCGAGACAGAAGCUGCAGCUGGAUAAAGUGACAGCUGAGGCCAAGAUCAAGAAAAUGGAGGAGGACAUUCUCCUGCUGGAGGACCACAACUCCAAGUUCCUCAAGGAGAAAAAGCUGCUGGAGGACCGGAUCGGAGAGAUGACCUCCCAUCUGACGGAGGAGGAGGAGAAAGCGAAGAACCUCGGGAAGGUUAAGAACAAGCAGGAGCUGAUGAUGGUUGACCUGGAGGAGCGUUUGAAGAAGGAGGAGAAAACGCGCCAGGAGCUGGAGAAGGCCAAACGCAAACUGGAUGCUGAGACGACGGACCUGCAGGAUCAGACUGCGGAGCUUCAGGCCCAGAUAGAGGAGCUGAAGAUCCAGCUGAGCAAGAAGGAGGAGGAGCUACAGGCGUCUCUGGCCAGGAGUGACGACGAGACCCUGCAGAAGAACAACGCCUUGAAGCAGGUUCGGGAGCUGCAGGCUCACCUCGCUGAGCUGCAGGAGGACCUGGAGUCGGAGAAGAUGUGCCGAAGUAAAGCUGAAAAAUUGAAGAGGGACCUGAGUGAAGAGCUCGAGGCCUUGAAGACGGAGCUGGAGGACACGCUGGACACCACCGCUGCCCAGCAGGAGCUCAGGUCCAAGCGAGAGCAAGAGGUGGCGGAGCUGAAGAAAGCCAUAGAUGAUGAGACCAGAAACCACGAGGCCCAGAUCCAGGAAGUGAGACAGAGGCACGGCACGGCGCUGGAAGAAGUGUCCGAACAGCUGGAACAGGCCAAGAGGUUCAAAGCCAACCUGGAGAAGAACAAGCAGAGUCUGGAGAGUGAGAACAAAGAGCUGGCUGUUGAUGUGAAGAGUCUGCAGCAGCUGAAGGGAGAGUCCGAGCACAAGAGGAAGAAACUGGAGUCUCAGCUGCAGGAGUUCAUGUCCAGGACCACCGAGGUAGAGAGGGUCAAGGCUGAGCUGUCGGAACGCUCACACAGACUGCAGACGGAGCUAGACAAUGCGUCCGCUUUGCUGGAGGAGUCGGAGAAGAAGGGCGUCAAACUGGCCAAGGAAGCUGACAAACUGAACGGCAAACUGCAAGACUCUGAGGAGCUGCGUCAGGAGGAGACACGUCAGAAGCUGAACCUGAGCGGCCAGAUCCGGCAGCUGGAGGUGGAGAGGAGCACCCUGCUGGAGCAGCAGGAGGAGGACGAGGAGGCUCGACGCAACCUGGAGAAACAGCUGCAGACAGUGCAGGCUCAGCUGUUUGAGACGAAGAAGAAGCUCGAUGAAGAUGUGGGCUCGCUGGAGGGCCUGGAGGAGGUGAAGAGAAAACUCCAGAAGGACAUGGAGCUGACCACCCAGCGCCUGGAGGAGAAGACCAUGUCCAUGGAUAAGAUGGAGAAGACCAAGAACCGCCUGCAGCAGGAGCUGGACGACCUGAUGGUGGACCUGGACCACCAGAGACAGAUCGUCUCCAGCCUUGAAAAAAAACAAAAGAAGUUUGACCAGCUGCUUGCUGAAGAGAAGACCAUCUCUGCUCGGUACGCUGAGGAGCGAGACCGCGCGGAGGCCGAGGCCCGAGAGAAGGACACCAAGGCUCUGUCCAUGGCCCGCGCUCUGGAGGAGGCCCUGGAGGCCAAGGAGGAGCUGGAGAGGUUCAACAAGCAGCUCCGCGCUGAGAUGGAGGACCUGAUGAGCUCCAAGGACGACGUGGGGAAGAAUGUGCAUGAACUGGAGAAGUCCAAGCGGACGCUGGAGCAGCAGGUGGAGGAGAUGAGAACUCAGCUGGAGGAGCUGGAGGACGAGCUGCAGGCCACAGAGGACGCCAAGCUGCGCCUGGAGGUCAACAUGCAGGCCAUGAAGGCCCAGUUUGAGCGAGACCUGACGGCCAGAGACGAGCAGGGAGAGGAGAAGAAGAGGUCGCUCGUCAAGCAGGUGCGCGAGAUGGAGGCAGAGUUGGAGGACGAGAGGAAGCAGAGAACUCUGGCCGUGGCCGCCAAGAAGAAGCUGGAGAUGGACCUGAACGAGCUGGAGGGGCAGAUCCAGGCCGCCAACAAAGGCAGGGACGAGGCUGUCAAACAACUCAAAAAACUACAGGCUCAGACGAAGGACUAUCAGAGGGAGCUGGAGGAGGCCAGAGCCUCCAGGGACGAGAUCUUCACCCAGUCCAAGGAGAACGAGAAGAAACUCAAGGGCCUGGAAGCUGAGAUCCUACAGCUGCAGGAGGACCACGCAGCGUCAGAGAGGGCCCGCCGACAUGCUGAGCAGGAGAGGGACGAGCUGGCUGAUGAGAUCUCCAACAGCGCUUCUGGAAAGUCUUCGCUGCUGGAGGAGAAGAGGAGGAUGGAGGCUCGUAUCACCCAGCUGGAGGAGGAGCUGGAGGAGGAGCAGGGCAACAUGGAGCUGCUCAACGACCGCUUCAGGAAGUCCUGCCUCCAGGUCGACAGCCUGAACACGGAGCUGACCGCAGAACGCGGCACCGCACAGAAGAGUGAGAACGCUCGGCAACAGAUGGAGCGGCAGAACAAGGAUUUGAAAGCCAAGCUGGCAGAGCUGGAGGCGACUGUCAAGUUAAAGUUCAAGGCGUCCAUCUCUGCCCUGGAGGCCAAGAUCCUGCAGCUGGAGGAGCAGAUGGAGCAGGAGGCAAAGGAGAGAGCAGCAGCCAACAAGAUUGUCCGUCGCACGGAGAAAAAACUGAAGGAGGUGAUGAUGCAGGUGGAGGAUGAGCGUCGUCAUGCCGACCAAUACAAGGAGCAGAUGGAGAAAGCCAACUCUCGCAUGAAGCAGCUGAAGCGUCAGCUGGAGGAGGCGGAGGAGGAGGCGACCCGCGCCAACGCCACCCGCAGGAAGCUGCAGCGGGAGCUGGACGACGCCACGGAGGGCAGCGAGGGGCUCACCCGGGAGGUCAACUCCCUCAAGAACCGCCUCCGGCGUGGCGGUCCGGUCAGCAGCUUCUCCUCCAACCGCUCGGGCCGCCGCAACCUCAACUUGGACGGAGCCUCCGUCGACAUGUCGGACGACGACGCCGACAGCCGCGCCGGAGACUUCAACGACACGCAACCCACCAACGCCGAGUAAACACAGAAACACCCUCUCAUUCCUCGCCCCCUCCCUGGCCUCUUCACUCACCUCCACCUCACCACCGGCGCUUAGUUCUCCCCCCCAGAUAGAUCCAUGGCGUCACCAUCCUCUUCCUCACUUCAAACCCCUGACUGGACAGACGGUUGGAGCGAUGAUUUUUGGUCACGCUGGGUGGAGUCCGCCUGUCAGCCCUUUUUGUAUCGGUUAACACUGCAGGGAAAAUCCAUCGCCCUCCCCUGACGCCACGCCUCCAGUCCUGGAGGGUCUCAGGGGCCACGGACAACUCUGCCUUACUCCGUUCUCCUCCGGCAAGCUGCCAGUCCUGGCUCGUCUCUCGGCCAUGUAUCAUCUCAGCGUCACGACGAAACACUCAUCCCAUCAUCAGGCCCGAAGUUAUCUGCUUAUUGAGAAAUUAAGCUUAGGUGCAAAGUGCUUUUUAUAUAAAACAGUAGGUGGAGGCUGUGUACACACAUUAAGUAUGUAACGUAUGUGAACGCACCCCAUACUGGAAAUGUAGGACUUCAACGAAGCGUGUUUCACUCUGGUGUUGUAAGUGUUCUGCUCACUAGUUGUGUAAAAGCCAUCUUUCCCCGCUCACUCCCUCCUCUCAGUGCAAGGUCAGCGUGUCCUUGGGUCGCCUCACCGGCUGCUUUUGUUGCAUGAGUUUCCUUCUGAUGACCGGACAGCGUCUCCAGGAACCCCAAACACCUCGGGACAUGCAAUAGAAGAGAGCCGACUCUAAAUUGUAAGUGUAUUACUGUGAAAAAGUGUUUGUUGCUUCAUCUCAACUUUGAAAGAAAGAAUGUGUCGCUGGGUUUUAACUAGAAACCUCAUAACUCAUAGGGGUUAACACAUUCUGUAUUAUGCUCUAAUGUGGAUGGUGAGAAAGAUGCUGGAAAAUGCACGGAAAUAUAUUUAAAAUUUAACUGGAAACACAGAACAAAAAAAGCUCUUACUGGAAGCACUAAAGAGGCUAAACAGGUGGUUUGAUUAGAAAUGCUGACCGUCUGAAACGUAGUGAGAAUAUUUUCAGAGUUCGUGCCGGGCCCCAGUUUGGACUCACUCAAUUAAACUACAGAGCUGAAGCAUGAGUUUUUCUGUAAAAGAAUUACCUGCCAAUCUUUGAAAGAUUUGAAUUACCUUCAGUCUUUCCAAAGACUCUAAUGUCAAUAUGGAUGAAAGAAAUAACAAAGAAAUUCAAUUGAACAGUUGUAACGGUUUCCCCCAAGUUGUCACACAUUCAUAAGGGUCUGCAACAAAUGAUGUUAUAUUUUUUCAUAUUAAAUUAUUUUAUAUUUUCAUACAUCCUUGUGAAAUUCAAAAAGACAUGCAGUCUUGCAGUAUGGAUAGAAUAUUAGGAAACAAAUUGAAAAGCUCCAUUCCUUUGGAUCGAUCCAUCAUAAAUCCAAAACAUUUAAAGAGAGACUCCAUCAAUUAACCUUAUUCAUCUUUUAUUCAAGUUUAUCUAUCUAAGGACUUCGAGGACUCAUCUAAAAAGUUUAAAGAAAACAUUUGUUUGUGUGACAGACAGAACAUUUCUCCUCCAGUUAGAAGUCUCUUUGGGAUUUUAGGAGUGCUCUUAGGGAUUGAUCUGUAAUAACUUUUCAGAAAAACGCUCCACUCUGUGCCUCAAAUGUAACGUGACCUGACGCCAACAAACAUGCCAUGGUUCUGAGUUGAAGCCUCCAUACUCCUGAAAGCCCUGAUACAUUAAGCACUUAGUACCCACAGGUGAUGGACGGCUGAACAAUUGUGUUACUCUUAAUUAACAGUUAAACUACUACAGUGUAAAAAACACCCAUAUCCAUCUAUCAACCUUAGUUUCUUUAUCAUGAGUCAGCAGAUUAGGAUGGUUGUCGACGGCGGACUUCUCUGCCCUUCUCCUAAAUGUAAACAGUAUGUUUCUUUAAGAGUGCCUUAGACACUAAAUAGGAACAUAGCAGUGAUUUCAGUACAGAAAGAUUAAACAGGUAAACCAAUGAGAACUUCAACGAUUAAACUUUUUUCUUUCUUUUGUAUUUUUGCUGUGCUUCAUAUCAUACCCGCUGUGUACCUCCGUGUUCAUAAUAAACUCCUAGCUUCAGUGUUUAGGUCAGAUCAGUAUUACAGUAUCUUUACAGUGAGCAGCAGCUGGAUUCCCCAAUGACUUCUGCACUGAGAUUUAAAGUAACCUCUCAGUGCUGAAGUCAUUGAAGGGAAGUGACGCUCUGCACAGGAUAUUGGUUGUUGUUUGGUUUAAAGCUUUAACAUUCACAAGUAGUUAACUCGUUUUUAUUUUAUCAUCAUUAUUAUUAUUAUUAUCCAGCUGGCUGUUGACAACCAGGCAUCCAAUUGCAAAUACUCCCAUCAUUUUAUUUCUUGUAUACCUGUAUUUCUAGACGGUAAUUUUUUUGUUCUGUUUGUUUUGUAAAAGGAAAAUAAAGCAUAUUCAUUGUAGCCGUGA